AUGCUCGCAUUCGUCCUACUGCUGACGAUGCUGCUCGCAGCAGCGCUUGCUGACCCGUUCUCAGAUAAAGACGCUUACAAACACAGCCCUCCAUACUACCCUGCUCCGGAGAUUGGCAGAGUUCCCACCGACCUGCGAUGGAGAGCUGCCUUGAAGGUGGCCCAGGGUAUGGUCGCUAACAUGACACUGCUUGAGAAGGUGAACAUCACCACCGGUACGGGCUGGGAGAUGGGUCCUUGUGUUGGAAACACUGGUACCGUCGAACGACUGGGUAUAAAAUCGCUGUGCCUUCAAGACGGCCCUCUUGGGAUUCGAUUUGCUGACCUCAUUACCACAUUCCCUGCUGGUAUCACUAUUGCCUCUACCUUCUCUCGACAGCUGGUUAGAGAGCGAGGUGCUGCUAUGGGACGGGAGAAUAGACGCAAGGGAGUGGAUAUCACUCUCAGCCCUGUGGUUGGACCACUGGGAAGACAUGCUAACGGAGGUCGAAUCUGGGAGGGCUUCUCUGCUGACCCCUACCUUGCUGGAAAGCUCGCCGCCGAGGCCGUGACAGGUAUACAGGGCCAGAACGUCAUGGCUGUGGUAAAGCAUAUGGUUGGAAACGAGCAGGAACAUUUUCGACAACUUGGCGAGUGGCAGGGAUUCGGAUUCAAGGAUCUGAAGCAGCCCCUCUCUUCAAACAUCGACGACCGAACUCUUAACGAAGCGUACCUUUGGCCCUUUGCUGAUGCUGUUCGAGCCAAUGUUGGAUCUGUCAUGUGUUCCUAUCAGCAGAUCAAUGGCUCUCAGGGUUGUCAAAACGCCCACAUUCUGAACGGUAAGCUCAAGGAGGAAAUGGGUUUCCAGGGCUUUGUCAUGUCCGACUGGCUUGCCCAGCGAAGUGGCGUGGCGUCUGUUCUUGCUGGUCUCGAUAUGAGCAUGCCUGGAGACGGUCUUGUCUGGGCGGACGGUGUUCCGCUCAUGGGAUACGAGUUGACCAGGAGUGUGCUGAAUGGAACCAUUGAUGAAAGCCGAGUGGACGACAUGGUUACCCGAAUCCUUACCCCCAUACUGUAUCUCUCAAUUACUCCGACCGACCCCAACUUCAGCUCUUGGACCAACGACACUACUAGCUACAAGUACUACGGAGCCAAGGCUGGUGGAAACGUCACUGUUAACCGACAUAUUGAUGUGAGAGACCAGUACACUACCAAGGCUGCUCUUGAUGGAGCAAACGCUGCGCUUGUUCUUCUCAAGAAUGAGAAGAAGACUCUUCCUCUGAACCCUACCAAUAUUGGAAACCUCAACAUUUUCGGUAUUGGUUCUAAAACCGGCCCACUUGGAGCUGUCUGUGGAGAAAAUAUGCAGUGUAGUGAUGGCGCCCUUAUUGAGGGAUGGGGGUCCGGUUCCGUCUACCCUACCGAUUAUCAAUCUCCUUACGACGCCAUUAAGGAGAGAGCCUCCAAGGACAACAUCACCAUCGGAGGCACUACGCAAUCUUGGGGUAACCUGUCGAACGUUGAGAUCCUUUCAGCUGCUGCCGACGCCAGUGUCGUCUUUGUUCUUUCCGACUCCGGUGAGAGUACUGGUAUUGUUGACGGCAACAUUGGGGAUCGAAACAACUUGACGCUGUGGCACAAUGGAGACGAGGUUGUCAAGGCUGUGGCAUCUAAGAACCCCAACACUAUCGUUGUUGUUACCACUGUCGGCCCUGUGAACCUCGAAAAGUGGAUCGACAACCCAAACGUCACUGCCGUGCUUCUCACUGGACCCGCUGGUGACUUUGGAGGAAGAGCUGCAGCCUCUAUUCUCUUCGGCGACAUCGCCCCUUCAGGAAAACUCCCUUUCACUAUUGCCAAGAAUGACACCGACUACAUUCCUCUUACUACUAAGAUCCCUGAAGACGGCCUUCCUCAAGACUAUUUCACUGAGGGUACUCUUUUGGACUACAAACGGUUCGACGAGAACCAGGUGACUCCUAGGUUUGAAUUUGGCUACGGUCUGUCUUACUCUAACAUUACGGUGGAGAAUCUCGAAGCCCGGUAUGCUUUCCCUAGCAUUCCUGAGUUCUUGCCCACUCCCUUUGCCCCUUCGAACCCCAACAAGCCUAAGAACGCAUUUACUCCUCACGCCAAUGAGUCCGUCUUCCCCAGUGACAUUGAUCCUUUGAACAAGUACGUCUAUCCAUACCUGAACGAUACCUCGGAGAUCUUCUCUAACGAGACCCAUUAUCCCUAUCCUGAGGGGUACUCCAGUGAGCAGUCCAACAGUACCAACAUUAACGGCGGGGCUGUCGGAGGCAACCCUGCUCUGUGGCUCUCUGCAGUCUACAUUGUCCACAGCGUGUCUAACUAUGGUCCCUAUGAUACUGGAGUGGUCACCCAGAUGUACAUUGCCUUCCCUCAGGAUAACGACGAUCUUAAAACCGCUCCUAGACAGCUUCGAGGAUUCGAACGGUCCGAGCUCAAGGUGGGAGAACGGCAGGGAAUUCUAUACGAUGUUCAAUGGCGAGAUCUCGCGGUCUGGGAUGUCAAACUUCAGAGCUGGCGGGUCCAACGAGGAGAGUACAAGGUUUACGUAGGCCACAGUUCGCGAGACUUUGUUCUGACCACCAGCUUCACUCUCAAGUAG